GAACCGAAUUUCCGCCAUGCUGUUUCGUUUUGGGGUGAUCGUGCCCGCUCGGUUGACCGAAGGCGGCGCGGCGCUGUGUGUCUCAGGCUCCCGGCCAGAGCUGGGUCACUGGGAGCCCAAGCAGGCGCUGGCCAUGAAACCUGCGCGGCCACUGGCUCCCUUGCCCGCUCAGGAGCCGGUGCUGUGGCUCGCGGAGGUGGCGCUGCCCGAAGAAGAGGCCGCGGGCACGUUCUGGUACAAAUUCCUCCGGCGCCACGAGAAUGGAAGCACCGUCUGGGAAGGCAAUGGGCCCCACCAUGAUCGAUGCAGUGUUUAUAACCCAAGCAACUUGGUUGAUGGAGUUUAUUGCCUUCCAAUAGGACACUGGAUUGAAGUUUCUGGGCAUACUGAUGAGAUGAAGCAUACAACUGACUUCUAUUUUAAUAUUGCUGGACAUCAGGCUAUUCACUACUCCAGGAUUUUGCCAAAUCUAUGGUUAGGAAGUUGUCCUCGUCAAGUGGAGCAUGUGACUGUGAAAAUGAAACAUGAGUUGAGGAUUACAGCUGUAAUGAACUUCCAGACAGAAUGGGAUAUUGUUCAGAAUUCCUGGGGAUGCAACCGUUAUCCAGAACCUAUGAGCCCAGAAGUUCUUAUGAAGCUGUAUAAAGAAGAAGGCCUUGUCUAUGUUUGGAUGCCUACACCAGACAUGAGUACUGAAGGUAGAGUACAGAUGUUGCCUCAGGCUGUCUGUCUCCUCCAUGGCUUGCUGGAGAACGGGCACACAGUCUACGUUCAUUGUAAUGCUGGCGUUGGCAGGUCCACAGCCGCAAUCUGUGGCUGGUUAAAGUACGUGCUCAGAUGGAACGUGAGGAAAGUCCAGUAUUUUGUGGUCUCCAGGAGAGCUGCGGUCUACAUCGAUGAAGAAGCUCUGGUGCGUGCGGAGGAGGAUUUUUUCCAGAAAUUUGGAUCUCUUCAUUCUUCUUACAAGCCAUAACUGAACAAGAAGAAAUCACUAGAAGUGUUGUCAAACCCACAUGCUUGAGAAAUUAUGAACUGAGUUCUAAAAAUGGCAUCUCUGCCUGAGGAAAUGGUGGGAUGCCAUGGCUGAUGCCUCCUGAUUACAUUUUGCCUUUUCCCCAAACCUUUGAUUUGACUGGAUGCAUGUGCACCAGCCAGGACUGUGUUUCUGCUGUAGUGGAAGAGGUAAUCACAUGGAUUAGCUGCUUGGCAUAUGGAUCAACUAUUUGGGAAGGGAUGUAGGGGAGACUGAAUUAACUCCCCUUUGUUUUUGUUUUGUUUUGUUUAACAAAAAAAUAAUCAGACAUAGCAUAGAUUUUCUAAUAGGACUCAGUACCAGCAGUGACGAUGCCAAUAACAACAGACACAUAUGCACACGCGCGCGCACACACACACACACACACACACACGACGCUGUAUUGGAGAGAAAGACAAUGUUAGCACCUGGUUGUGUGUAAAAUAAUAGACAGGACAAAGGCACUGGUUUAUAAAGUAAGCUGCUACAAACUAUUAAACCUUAACAGACUCUGCCUUCCUAUCCACCCACCAACCUUCAUACACCUAGACAAUCUAAAUCGUUUGGUCAUUUCAUAGGGCCAAAGUCUUUGGCAAAUAGAAAUUAUAAUGAAUUAUAGUUAAUGAGAAAAACAAGAACUAUGUGCUGCUCUCUGUACAUUAGUGGUUAUUUGUGAUGCAUGAAUAAAAAGGUAACUUACAAUGUG